GUUCAUUAACAUUGUUGGAAUAAGAAUUGAUUUUUAACACCAUAAUGUAACGGAGGUUUUAAAAAAAAAAACAAGUGACGUUUGGAAGAUUGGUCUAUGGACUCGAGAUGGAUUGAUUCUUGGAUUUUGCGAUUGAUGUUAAAAAUUGUAAAAGUGCGAAAAGUACGAAUAUAAGCGAAUGGUCGAAAGUUAUACGGUGUCUCAUUUCACUCAAGGAUAGAAUACAAGCACACAUAAGAAGGAUUAGCGACUGUAUGCAACAUUUCAGGAGUGUGUGCGAGUUUCAGAGACACCACAUUGGGGACCAAGAUGGUCCCAGGACCAUGGUUUGAAAAGAAGAAGAAGGGCCCAAGGUGCCCAAGGCCGAGAUCACCGAGUCCAGGGUGCCAUGGAGGAUGAGGCCCGGGCCAGGGUCUGUGCUUGAACAGAAGGCAGCCGGAGCGGAGCAGACGGAGGCUGCAGAGGAGCAGAAGGCAGCUGGAGGCUGGAGCGGAGCAGACGGAGGCUGCAGAGGAGCAGAAGGCAGCUGGAGGCUGGAGCGGAGCAAACGGAGGCUGCAGAGGAGCAGAAGGCAGCUGGAGGCUGGAGCAGAGCAGACGGUGGCUGCUGCGGAGCAGAAGGCAGCUGGAGGCUGGAACGGAGCAGACGGUGGCUGCAGAAGGCAGCUGGAGGCUGGAGCGGAGCAGACGGAGGCUGCAGAGGAGCAGAAAGCAGCAGGAGGCUGGAGCGGAGCAGACGGAGGCUGCAGAGGAGCAGAAGGCAGCUGGAGGCUGGAGCGGAGAGAGGACAGCCGGAGCGAAGAGAGGACAGCCGGAGCGGAGAGAGGACGGCCAGAGCGGAAAGAGGACAGCCGGAGCGGAGAGAGGACAGCCGGAGCGGAGAGAGGACAGCCAGAGCGGAAGGAGGACAUGUGGGAUGCCACGUGCGUCGACACCCUGGCGGCGUCACACGUCCCACACACAUUCAGGGCCGCGGGAGCGGCGGCUGGUACUGCUGAAAACCUGAAACGGGAGAAAUACAGGUCGCUCGACAGCACGUACUUAUUUCUCCCGUUUGGCGUUGAAACGAUGGGGCCAUGGGGUCCGGAUGCCAAAAGUUUGGUCAAAGAGAUCACUUCUCGGCUCGCAGACGUCUCAGGGGACAAACGAGCCGGGGCGUACCUCCGCCAGCGCCUGAGUCUGGCGAUCCAGCGGGGCAAUGUCGCCAGCGUGUUGGGAACCCUCCCACAGGGACCAGGCUUAGAAGGCCUGCUCUACAUAUAG